GAGUGUGCAGAAGCUGCUGCUCCUCGGGUUACAUAAGAAGCAGACACGGCGGCUCUGUGCACGCCGCUGUUCCAGCUGCCCUCGCCUAUCUCUUUAAAUGAGACUGAGCCUCUCCGCGCUGCGUGUGUGCAUGUGUGUGUGGAGGAGAAAUUACGAGACAGAAAGGGCCACUGUAGGACUCGGCGAUCGAAAACACAAUAGACCAGCUCUUGUGCUUGGAUGCGAACGACUUUGCAGAGGAGCCGAAUGUGGUUUUGUGUCUAUGGCGCAUCUUUAGCUCGGCGAUUGGACGCAGGACCAGCUCGUAAUCAUUAUUUAUUUCGCCCAUUCUGCGCCGCACCGGUGGAAGAGCCGUGAUCGAGGCAGCGACAGCGACGUGCUGAUCAUGGAUUAAUGCCCGAGUGAUUUUUCAUCUACAAGAUUCCCGAUGUUGAACAUGUCCACACCGAGUGAGCUGAAGUCCUCCUGUGUGACUCGUAACGGGAUGGUGAAGCUGCCUCCCAGCCAGCCCAACGGCCUGGGCAGUGCAAGCAUCACCAAGGGGACGCCUGCCGCCAAGAACCGCCUGUGUCAGUCCUCCUCUGUACCCUCCAUCCUUCCUCCUCCACCAUCUUCUCUGUCCUAUCACCAUCACCACCUGGAUGGUCCGGGUAUGCCCCACGCUGCAGCUCCUCUCCUGCCCUCUGAGCCUGGGAAACCUCUGGUGGGUCUGAAACCGUCUCUUUGCCAGCUUCCUCCUCUCACCCUGCCCAAACCCGUACUGCUGGAGCGCCAGCUCGUUCUGGAUGAGAAGCUGCUCAACCGGCUGCUUUGGUACUUCACCACAGCGGAGAAAUGUGUACUGGCGCAGGUGUGCAAGACGUGGCGCAAGGUGCUGUACCAGCCCAAGUUCUGGGAAGGAGUGACGCCCAUCUUGCAUGCUAAAGAGCUGUACACCUUACUGCCCAAUGGGGAGAAGGAGUUUGUCAGCCUCCAGGCCUUCGCUCUGCGUGGAUUUCAGUCGUUCUGUUUAGUCGGUGUUUCAGACCUUGACAUUUGUGAGUUCAUUGACAACUACCCGCUGUCCAAGAAGGGCGUUCGGUCAGUCAGCCUCAAGAGGUCCACAAUCACAGAUGCUGGUUUGGAGGUCAUGUUGGAGCAAAUGCAGGGCCUGAUGCAUCUCGAACUGUCAGGCUGCAACGAUUUCACAGAGGCUGGCCUCUGGUCGAGCCUCAACGCUCGCCUCACGUCCCUCAGCGUCAGCGACUGCAUCAAUGUGGCGGAUGAUGCCAUUGCUGCUAUCUCACAGCUCCUGCCCAACUUGUCAGAGUUGACCCUGCAGGCUUACCACGUCACUGACACAGCCAUGGCCUACUUUACAGCCAAGCAGGGCUACACCACCCACACUCUGCGGCUUCACUCGUGCUGGGAGAUCACCAACCAUGGCGUGGUAAACAUGGUCCAUAGCCUGCCAAACCUGACUUCUCUCAGUCUCUCUGGCUGCUCCAAGAUCACCGAUGAUGGUGUUGAGCUGGUCGCUGAGAACCUGCGCAAGCUCCGCAGCCUGGACUUGUCUUGGUGCCCUCGGAUCACGGACAUGGCUCUGGAGUACAUCGCCUGCGACCUGCACAAGCUGGAAGAACUGGUGCUGGACAGGUGUGUACGGAUCACAGACACAGGCCUGGGAUACCUGUCUACCAUGUCAUCAUUAAGAAGUCUCUAUCUGCGCUGGUGCUGUCAGGUGCAAGAUUUUGGACUGCAGCAUUUAUUUGGCAUGAGAAGUCUUCGCCUACUGUCUCUUGCAGGCUGCCCCCUGCUGACCACCACUGGUCUGUCAGGCCUCAUCCAGCUACACGAGCUGGAAGAGCUGGAGUUGACUAACUGCCCCGGAGCAACCGCCGAGCUCUUCAAAUACUACUCGCAGCACCUGCCUCACUGCAUGGUCAUCGAAUAAGGCCCGUGACCGACAGACCACCAUACUUCCUGUUUUUCUCACUCUUAUACUAAACGCUAACUGCUCCUCUUGUAACACUGUUGCUCAUUACCUGACCCUACACCCAGCCCGUCUUCCUCCACACCACUCCAUUGAGUAGACUGACCCACAGCUGGACAGAGAGGAAGGAACUCAGACGAUGGUACGUGUCAGGAUGGUAUCUGAGGAGAUGCUGGAGUAAAGAGUUUGAUGUAACAUCUCAGAGCAAGUUUUUCUUCUGGCUGUUGUCUACAGAGAAGACGGCAUCUUCAAAGACUCUGAUAGUGUUGACUUAAUGGAUACUGACGGGCAGAUGCAACACGGGAAGUAAAGAUUGAUGUGUUUUAGCUGUUGGAACUUACAUACGCGGCCACGCGCCGUAAACAUCCUGUACAUGGUGAACGCAGUCAGUGCAAGUCCUCAACACCACGAGGACCGACAUCUCAGACUGAACCCAUCAGUCGGUGUAAUAUAAACGCUUUAUUCAUUCUUUUCUCAGAAGUAUUUGGCGCUUCAGUUUUCUUUGUUUCGGGAAAGCCAUAUGUCAUCGCACCAUACGCCACACGCCAGCUGGAAAAAACAAGUUCAAUCAGCGACGACGGGGAUGGGAACAUCUCUCUUUCUCCUUUGUGUGUGUCAAGUGUUCGUCGUGGACUUGGAGCGACCCAUCGUUUCGGAAUAAAACACCUGAAAACUAAAGUAAUAAGAAACCACAAACAAUCACAUCUGUUCACGUUUGGUUUGGUUUGCACUCUGGCGUGCUCCCUUUGCUUUCGUGCUCCUUUCCACAGUUUUUGCACACAGGUGCAGUUUACAGGCCUGCAGAGAGUCUGCUAACGAUGUGAUGCUCGUGUCUGAAAUGGUGAAUAGAAGCGAGUUACAAAUGUGACGGGACAUGUGCUCUCAAGUUCAGUAAAGGGGUUUCGACUUCCUGGACUCUGAGUGUAACGUUUAGUGUCUGAAUUUGAACUUGAGCUCACUGAAGCUUCUUAUUUAUUGUGUGCAGUUUGCUAAAGGUUACUUUCAGGCAGUGAAUGCAGGCGGGUUGUUGUUGGUGUUCAAAUCAGAGAAACUAUUCAAAACCACUUUAAACUAUUAGAACAACGUCCAGUAGAAACAUUGGUGAGAAAUGUUGCCACUAAGCCACAGUCAGAGAAAUCAUUUGAUGUAAAAACAAACAGCAUGAUGAGGUUUCACGUUUCCAGUCCAAACUGGGCUCUAAGCUGCCUUCUUCUGGCCACUGGUUGUAAAAUGACACUGGUAACCAUGACAUCAGUAACUGGGAAUCCCGCGGGUUAAAGACAGGAGCAGAAGCAGACAGGUGUAGGUAUGCCACCCCUAACCACACCCCUCUGACCCAGUCGACAUCAGCUGUAAACUGUAACGUGAGCAGCUUGACCGGGGCUUUGAUUCUGCAGUGCAUACAGUAGGUAAGAAAAGAGAAACGCUCCCCGUAAGCCAAAGAAUCUGAAAGUGGUUCUCCACCCUGACGGAGAGCCUCCAUCCUGCCUCGCUGGUUGAAGAGACGCCUCGGCGUCAGCCAUCGUUUGCUUGUGACAGAUGUUGCUUAAAUAUGGCCGCUUGUUUCUAAGUGACGACGGUGAAACGGACCGACUGUACGAACAAUGUAGAGCAUGCAUGUUUUUGGUUGGUCUGCCUUUUUGUUACAGGUCGGUUCCUUUUAGAUGUUCUUCAGCAUUUCUUCAUUGGACAUGAAUACAUUUAUUUAUUCAUGUAUUUAUUUAUUUAUUUGAAUCAGUUUGUGUCUGAUGUAAUUUAUUUAUUGAAGAGAUAUUCUUAAAUCAAUUUUGUGUUUGUUUGAGAACUUGCUUUUAAUCUGGACUUAUUUCAUUUAUUGCUGCUGCGAUGAUGAUUAUAACCAUGAACCGCUGACAUCAGUGUCAGACUGUGUUCCCCUUUCUUAAAAUAAGGGAGCAGAAAUUGGCAACUAUUUGUGAUUGUCCUGAAUAUGGCAACAAAAUUUAUAUAUACGCGCACACACACAUAUAUAUGUGUGUGUGUGCGUGCGUGUGUGUGUGCGCUUGUUGAGGAUUGAAUGGAAGAUUAUUAACACAAUACUGGAUUUGAUUGAUGUAAAUAAGAUCGGAGCAUGAUCCAGCACGCUUGUUCUAACAUACCACUUUAUUCGUUUAGAGAGAGACUUUUAAAAACACUUUAUGGUGGCAUGAUAAACGGAUGGUUUUCUUAUUAGUCUGACUCGCUGCUUAAGUGAAAAUCUAUUUUUAUACAUCACCACACUCACAUCCUGGUUACCGUGCCCUUCGCAGGCAUUUGCAGAUUAACUCAGCAUUUAUUCUUUUAUUCAAAUUUCACUCAGAGUUCACGUUCAGACAUGAACCAAAAAGGACCGUUCAGUCACGUUCUUACACGCAGUCAGUUUUAAUGAGUAAUGCACAACGUGUGAUUGAAAUCGCUGUCACACUCUUGUGCACCAUGCUCCUGCCUCCUGAUCAGCUGUGUUUGUGCUCUGUCAGUAUUUUUGCUUUUUGCUUCCAGCAGCUUCACAUACAUGUUUACGUAGGAGCGCUGGGACGCACAGCUGCAUCCUCACCACAAACAACAAACUCCAUCAUCUGCCCUUGAGUCAUUUCUACUACAGUAUUGUGUCGACAUCUGAGGAGCUUUACAAAAGCAGCCAAACAAAUAGUUUACUGAAUAUGACACGCAGACACACACAGUGUGCGCUGAUAUCUGACCGUAUAAUGACUGAGAGGAAGUGCAGGCCUGAGAGCUUCUUGUGUCGUACUUGUACCUGCUGAGGUUUGAAAAAGCAUCUUUCCUUCUGAACAACAAAGUGGUUUGGAAACAUGAAACGAGCUGAUGUGUGUAUAUUUAGUGACAAAAUCCAUUUUGUAAUACUAGUUAAAUAAACAUGUACUGCUCUAAACUACAGGUUGAACUAUGUAACAAAUAAUCUGAGUUAAAUCACUUCCUGUGCCGUGUUCUGAAGCUCCCAGGCUCAUUGUCCUGUUCACUUCUGUCACGUGACACACAUGAGCUGAAGUCCAGCCAUCACUAACAUAUUAAUGUGAGGAGCUUGGAGAGAAAGUGACUGUUUCCAGCUCUUAUCCAAGUUCUGAGACCAGCUGGUGGAGAGUCCCAGAUUUGAAGCCAGCUAGUGGGACGUGUUCCUUACUAUCGGUGACCCAGUAUCGGAUCUUCCUUUUUUUGAAGUGCAGUAGAACUGGAUGCUUCACAUUCAGACACAAACUGCUUCAUCACAAGGACAAAAAUCCUGAACGACGUAGUGUAAGCUGUGCAGAGCAGCUCCGAGCACAAACAGCCACCUCCACAGGACUCUGCUAUGAGUCUGCAUCUAAAGGUCAAAGGUCACUCUCUGAACACCACUGUGAGACACCAGCUGUCUGCCACACGAUGUGUGAUAUAUUCACUAUGUGACAAACCUCUGCUGAUUCAUGCCUGUUUCUGCACCUCGGCUCAUGUGAGGAGGCUAGGGAUGCAACGAUACCAAUUUUUUCAAACCGAUACGAUACGGAUACUUGGAUCUGAGUACUUGCCUAUACAGAGUACAAAAAAUGAUACUUCUACCACACACA